AUGGAUGCUCUCAGUAUUGCUAUAGAGGCUGCCGAGAGGACUGUGGCGGCGCUCCCGCCAGGCCACUCCGAUCGAGCUACGCUUUUGAACAACCUUGGAAUCUGCCUUGUGGAGAGGUUUUCUCUGAGCAGCUCGAUGGAAGACCUCGAUCGUGCCAUUGAAGUUGCCGAUGCGGUCAUCGACUCUACGCCUCAACAGCAUCCUGAUCGACCGCGCUAUAUGGAUAAUCUUGCUACAAGGCUCGGUAUGCGGUUUGGAUUGAUCGGGUCGAUUAAUGAUCUCAAUCGCGCUAUUGACCUUGUCGAGAUGGCAGUUGAAGUUACACCACCUGGCCACCUUUAUCGAGGACGUUUCUUAGGCAACCUCGCGAUUUGGCUUUGUAAAAGAUUCGAGGGCAUUGGUUCGACGGACGAUCUGGAUCGCUCUAUCUGGGCUGCCGAUAUGGCUGUCGAGGUCUUAUCAGGCGACGCAUCUCGGCGGGCCAACUACUUGAGUAUUCUGGGGAAUUGCCUCGGCAGGCGAUACCAGCAGACGGGAUCUAAUGACGACCUCGACCGUGCGAUAUCGGUUGCUGAGCUAUCGCUGGGGGAUCCAGGCCAAGAUUCCAUCCAUCGAGCCGCUUACUUGAACACUCUCGGGUUGUGGCUUGGUGAACGAUCUGAUCGAACCGGCUCAAAGGUCGAUCUUGAUCGUGCCGUCGAAGUCACCGAUAUGGCAGUCGAGGCUUUACCGCCUGAUCACCCUGAGCGAGUCAUAUGUCUGAUCAAUCUCGGAAAGAUUCUCGGCAGACGAUUUGAAAUGACUGGGUCGAUGAGUGAUCUCGACCGGGCCGUCGAGGUGUCUGAUGCUGGGCGACAAGAGUUGCCGCCCAACAGCCCUUCUCAAACCGCUUGUCUGAACAACCUCGCCAUGUGGCUGAGCAGGCGGUUUGAUCGUACCGGCUCGAUGGACGACCUCAACCGGGCUAUACAAGUUGCUGAACUGGCUCUCGCAGUCACCGCUUCGGAUCACCCCGAGCGGAGUGUCUGUUUGGGUACUCUUGGAGUUUGUCUCGGUAAGCGAUUCGAUCGGACAGCCUCGAUGGACGAUCUCGAUCGCGCUAUUGAAGUGGAAAGCACUGCAGGAGAGGCUAUUCCUACAGGCCAUCCUUUUAAAGCGAGUCAUUGGGACGCCCUUGGCGUAUGGCUCGAUAGACGAUUUGACAGAACCAGCUCGAUGGAUGAUCUCAACCGUGCCAUAGAGAUAGGUGAGAUGGCAGUAGAGGCAACUCCCCUUAACCACAUGGACCGAGCCAGUUAUCUAAACAACCUCGGAUGCUAUCUCGACAAGCGAUACGAACGAAGUGCUUCGCUGGAUGAUCUCACCCGCUCUCUCUCAUGCUUCAAAGAGGGUUGGGAUUGCCCAGGCACGCCAACCUCUAUCCGCAUUCGUCUGGCACUGGGUGCUGCUGAAACCUACGCCUCGCUGUCAAACUGGGAAGAGUCAAGCCAGUUUCUUGAAAAGGCCGUGGAACUGCUCCCAGCUGUAAGUCCGCGUUCAUCAGCGCAUAAGGACAAGGAGCACAUGCUCGCAGACUUUGUCGGCCUCGCUUCCACAGCAGCUGCCGUCUCCUUGAACGCAGGCAGGGAUGCCUACCACGCCCUGAAGCUGCUUGAGCUGGGCCGCGGCAUCAUCACCAAUCUGCUCAUGGACAUGCGAGGUGACAUAUCAGACCUGAAGCAGAGGCAUGCUGGCUUGGCAGAUGAGUUCGUGUCCCUCCGGGACGAGCUCGAUUCGCCAGCGGAUAGCCCAGUCACCUCAGUACCAAGCAAUGGCGCGAGUUCCCUGGAAUCGCAAGCGAAACGACGUCGUGAGGCGGAUCAGAGAUUCACAGAGCUCAUUGCCGAGAUUCGUGCUCAGCCGGGCUUUGGCAGCUUCUUUUUCCCGCCGACUGCACAUGAGAUGAUGGCUGCUGCGAGCCUAGGUCCCAUUAUCGUUGUUAAUCUGAGUUCGUAUCGCUGUGAUGCAUUUCUUGUCCAACUCGAUGGCAUUUCAGUGGUGGAACUUCCUGAUCUCACGUUGGAAGAGGCCCAGAGACAAGCCCACGGGCUGCAUUCACAUGGUUCAGUAGGCUCUUUCAACAUGGAAUCACUGGUGGAAUGGCUCUGGGAUGUUAUCUGCCGCCCGUGCCUAGACGUCCUGGGCUUUAAGGAUCCGCCUUCUGAUGAUAGUUGGCCUAGAGUGUGGUGGAUUCCGACGAGGUAUCUCAGCCGGCUUCCUCUUCACGCAGCAGGACGCCAUGCUGCAGGGUCUUCAUCCACCGAUACCGUCAUAGACAGAGUCAUGUCGACGUACGCUGCAUCCAUUAAGGCAUUGAUACAUGGACGCCGACAUACCAUUCGAGGCCAUGACACUGCUGAGGCGAAUUCGGCCCUCCUGGUUGCCAUGCGCGAAACACCAAACCUAUCAGCAGGUGGGAUCCUCCCAUUCGCCGUCGAUGAGGUGGAUAUGCUGGCAUCACUCUGUCCCUCACUCGGGCUUAAACCCACCAUGCCGCCGCGGCGCAGAGACGAGGUCCUUGAUCGUCUAAAGUCGUGCAAAAUAUUUCACUUUGCUGGCCAUGGGCAGUCUGAUCCGGCGGACCCUUCGCGAAGCUGCUUGCUCCUCGAGGACUGGGAGACAAACCCGCUGACGGCGGGCACGCUUCGUGAUCACAGGCUGCAAGACAAUCCUCCCUUCUUCGCCUACCUCUCUGCCUGUUCCACGGGGGCCAACGAGUCUGAAAGGUUCGCCGACGAGGGAGUCCACCUUGCCAACGCCUUUCAGCUCGCCGGGUUCCGGCAUGUCGUUGGAACGCUUUGGAGAGUAUCUGAUAGGUAUGCCGUCCAUGUGGCGAGGGCGCUCUACGAGACGAUGCAGAAAGAAGGGGUGACUGACCAGGCCGUCUGUUGGGGCCUCCAUCGUGCUGUCAGGGCCCUGCGGGAUGGUCAGACCGAGAAGGAUGCUGCUUUCCCGAAGCGAGCUGCUGAAAUUAGGGAUAUUGUUGGUUGUGAUGAGGAUGCCAAGCCGCUUUACUGGGUUCCCUAUGUCCACUUCGGCGUAUAG